CCAGAAACCUUUUUAGCCUCAUCCCACCUCUAGGCUGUAAGUGGCCUUAGGCAAGGCACACCUCUGCCUCCUACUCUCCUCCUGGACUUCGGUUUCUUCCUGCAGAGCUGUCUGAGACUGCCACUGCACUCUGUUCUCUGUUCCUUCUGUAUUUACCAUAAGGGGUGCCUGGAAGCAGGGAGCAUCCAGCAGCAUCUCUCACCCAAGGACCAGCUGGACCUCUGAUUCUGUGCUCCAGCCCAAGGACUGGGUGAGACUGAGACUCAGUGGUGAACCAUGGGAGAGAAGGGUUAGCUGUAGAUGACUGGUCUGAGGGGUGGUCUUGAGCCGGUGUCUCUCUGGAGUGUCAGGAUUUGUAAGUGUCCCUGAGCAGUCCUUAGAGGAUGAGGGAGGCCUAUAGGGAAAGCUGGAGAGUACUGGAAGCUCUGGGAAGGGUGGACAGUCUCUUUAGGCUGAAUGUGUCUCUAACUACCGUAACUUUGCCAGCAGAAGGCAUGGCACGGGAUGUGGUCUGGCUCCUUUUCCUCCAGCUCGUCUUACGGCCAACUCUGGUGAUAGGCAUCAACAUGCAGCUGGCCAUCAAGAACUUCCGCACCUUACACAUUGACUACCCCAUGGUUAAAUACCCGAAGGGUUUCCACGGGUACUGCAACGGCCUCAUGGCCUAUGUGAGGGGCAGAUUACAGGACUGGUUCUGCCCUAAGGUCCACUAUGUGGUACACGCCCCCUGGAAAGACAUCCAAAAUUUCUGCAAAUACAGCGAGAGCUUCUGCGAGAACUACAAUGAAUAUUGCACCCUCACUCAGGACUCCUUCCCCAUCACAGUCUGCACCCUGGAUUCUAAACAGCCACCAAGCAGCUGCAGCUACAACAGCACCCUGACCAACCAGAGGCUGUACUUGCUCUGCUCCAGCAAGCACGAUGCUGAGCCAAUAGGUAUCAUUGGCAUCUAUUAGGGACUUAGCUCGCAAACCAGUCCCACCUCAUACAGGUCUCUCUACACGCCACCCCAAAGCCUGUUCCCAAACUCGGAAUCUGGCUGCAUGUCUUCCUGACUUCUGAGGCAGAGCCUCACCCCGCUUCAGGGUCUUUUCUCCUUCUCACCACCCCCACCCCGAGCCUCCCUCUCCCAGUGACAGUAAAACCCACCCAAGAAGCGGAUGGUGUCCAGCUGGCAGGGCCUGUCUAUCCACUGGGCCAGAUCCCGACGUCUGGAUGGAGGCCCAGGUCCCAACUCACACCAUAGCAACAGGCACCCAGUUCCAGUAUUUCUCCCUAUCCCUGUUUUUAGUGUCCAUCUCCCACCCUUCCCUUAUAAUUCCUGCCACUCUUCAGCAAAAGGAACCUCCCUAUGGCCCUGAGACCCUUUUUGUCUCAUAUCCCCCAUCCUGCCUCUGUCUCCAGCCUGCACUUGUCUGCGACCUCCCCUUCUGUAUACCCCACCCUUCCCCCACCUCCCGCACCGGGGAGCCUCGGGCUGUUUUCCCUACGCUCAGGCCACUCAUAGCCUUGCUGCCUACCUUUCCCCAACCUCUGCCUUCCAUCCUUCUCCCACCUUGGCCCAUCAGCAUCUCAAGUUCUCUUCUCUGUUCUUCCCAAGGUCCCUUAGUCCCCCUUUCCUCCCUCAUCUCUACCCAACAUUUCCCAGACUCCAGGGUCUGUGCUACUCAGGUGGCAGAUGAUGAGGCCGGCCCAAUUUCCAGUCCUGUAAAGUGGAAGAACCAUGAGGGGGAAAACGGGCAAAAGGUUCGGGAACUCCUUUCUGUAUUGACUUCUUGUGAAUCUGUAACCAUUUCCAAAUAAAAAGUUUACA